CAGCUGAGACAUAAAGCAGUACUUCAUGUCACUGAGUGUCAAAGUAGUCAGUGAAUUGCCAUCUUUCUACAUGCCACCCUGCCUGGUCAAGAAACCUAGUAUAGAAGCCUAAAGACUGGAAAAAUAAAACAUCUUUUAAGAAGAAAAUGGACAGCCAGAAAUUUGAUUUGGCGGAUUUUAACUUGAGUGAUAUACUUGAAGAUUAUACAAUUUCCUAUGAUUACGUUAUUGAUCCAGACAUGUCACCCUGUACUUCUGUCGUGAAUGAGUCAAUCAACACAGCUCUGGCUGUUAUCUAUAGCCUGGUGUGCUUCCUCGCUGUGACAGGGAAUAUUAUUGUAAUGACUGUCCUACUUUAUAAUCGACGGACCAUCUCAUCCACAGACAUCUACCUGCUUCAUCUGGCAGUGGCUGAUUUGCUCUUUGCCAUGACCUUGCCUUUUUGGAUUGCAGAUGCUGUAUCUGGCUGGGUGUUUGGUGAUGCCAUGUGUAAAAUUAUCAGCAUGUUACAGGAGGUUAACUUCUACAGUGGGAUUCUGUUUCUGGUUUGUAUUAGUAUCAAUCGUUAUCUGUCCAUUGUCUACGCUACACAGGCCCGCAAGCAAAAGAAACCUUAUCUAAUUAAGCUGAUUGUUGCCGCUGUUUGGUUAGUGUCUAUUGCUUUGUCUUUACCAGUUUUGUACAAGGGCGAAUAUAUUCAUUCUGGCCGAGUCAUGUGUUAUGAGAUACUCGAAGGUGAAUCAGCUGAAACAUGGAGAAUAACCACAAGACUUUUGCAGCAUUUUGUUGGGUUUCUGAUCCCACUGGCUGCCAUGAUUUUCUGUUACAGUGUGAUGAUCCUGAAACUGUGUCAAACAAAGGGAUUCCAGAAACAGAAAGCUAUGAAGAUCAUUAUUGCCGUGGUGCUGUCCUUUGUAAUUUGUUGGCUGCCGUACAAUAUAACUGUGCUCGUUGAUACACUGAUGAGAAGCAAACUCAUUACUGAAACCUGUGACCGGCGCAAUCAUAUUGACAGAGCUCUGUCUGCAACUCAAAGUUUGGGUAUCCUGCACAGUUGUAUUAAUCCAAUCUUAUACGCAUUCAUUGGAGUGAAAUUCAGGAGGAACCUGUUGAAAGUCUUUGUUAAGAAAAGGAUCAUUAAGCAAACAAUUAUAUCAAAGUACAGGAGAUCUGUAUCUUCAAUCACUGAAUCUGGAUUUAUUUCAACUAGUAUGCACAUUGCUUCUGAUGAAAAUGUCAGGUCAGCCAGCAAGAUAGCAGAUAAUAAACAUGAAAUAAAGUUUUAAAGAACUAAAAGAUUGAGUAAGAAUGGUUUAGAGAUUUCAGUUCUGAAUACAGUAAUUAUGGAGUUUUGAGAUGUAUUGAUGAGUCAAUGAGAUGGGUCAAUGAUGGUGCGAUGAGAUGUAAUACGCAAUUGUCUGAAAGCUUGAUGUGAGGAGUAUUCAUUCGGAUCCAAUUAAUUUCCUAAACUUGAUAAUGAGGGACAUCCAUAUUAUUGGUUGGAUAAUGAUCUGAUUGCUAACUCUGAACAAUGACUGCUUUGCUACCAAAGAUACCCACAUUCCUUAGUCACAGAAUCAUGAUAAGGAACAAUUGCUUCAUUUGCAUGGCAUGUAAUGGAAUUAAUAUAACUAUGGUCAGUCUAAACCAAUCCUGUGAAAUGAACAUCUCCUUGAGCUGUUCUUUCUUUUGACAAUAACUUGACUCAGUUUUAUCAAAGUGCACACAGACAGAACUAAGUCAAACAAAAGAAAAGGUUUCAAAAGCACAAUGCCUGUACUAGAGAGUAGAACAUUACAGUUCAGUACAGGCCUUUGGCCCUCGACGUUAUGCAGACCUAUGAAAUCAAUCUGAAGCCUAUCUAACCUACACUAUUCCAU